AUGCCUUCCCUUGCAAAAGCAAAUAAAGUAUUCUUCCCACAAAAGCCGGCAGAGCUAAACCUGCACCAGCUUGAAGAACGAUUGAUAGCUUUAAGAAUUCCGUUCAUGCAAAUACGUGAACUCCCAAGAGGCGGGCAACUUAGCAUUCAUGGGAAUGUUGUUAAUGUUCCUGUAGACAUACAACCUACCAUUAAAGCUUUGCCACGAACAUUCGAGGAAACCACUGUUGCAGUAAAACUCAAAAGAAAACUAGCAUACAAGAAAGUUGAAGUUACAGAAAAUGUUCGCCCUAACCAUGUUCUUGCAGCGCUACACUGGUUACUCACGAAUAGUGAACUUUAUAAGAACUCAGGCGUUGCAUUUGAUGAAGCUUGGUGUGCAGAAAUGGAAAAAGGUGCUAGCAGUAUUGUCACAAACUUCAUGAAUGACUGUGAGCUAGAAAAUGUCAAUGAAGACGAACAAAGUGAUGAUUCAGACGGAUUCAGUGAAAUUGAUGCUUCUGAGAGAAUUAUAGGGAAUUCAGAUACACUGAUAGAUCCAAUUUGCCCUCAGAGUGACUCAACAUACACUUUUGCCCCAGGUGAAGGUCAGAUUCCUCUUGGUCUGUACAAAGAUCCAAAUGCUGAAGAGCUGUCAUUUCCAACAAUUUAUUGUGGUCAAGCAAGAACCAAAAACACUGAAAGAGAAGUUAAAGUGCAUUACAGUGAUUUGGCCAAAUGGGAACUUAGACAUGUAGACAGAAGAGCAGCCAACUCUGUACCAAAUAUUUUCUUUAAAAUGAAAAAAAUACAGGCAAAGCAAAUAUCCGAUAAAGUUAAUCUUUCCAUUAGAAGAUGCAAAAGAAAAGAAAACAACAUUACAGCUGCUGAUGCAUUAAAUACAUCCCAAAUGAACAAGUUGGUGAACCUUGAUGAAGGAUUUUACAUAUUUCGAACAUUGCGCAACUCGCCACCAUACCUUGAGAAAAGAAAGAAGGAUGUUUUUGCAAUGAUCAGACAACUUGGACUGCCAACUUGGUUUGGUUCUCUAUCUGCUGGUGAUACUAGAUGGCAUGACCUGUUAAGAAUUCUUGGUGAACUGAAUGAUGGAGUCACUUACACAGCAGAGCAAUUGCAGAACAUGACAUGGCAAGACAAAACAAGACUUGUACAACAAGAUCCAGUCACAUGUGCAAGGCACUUUGACAAUCGGGUUCUGCAAUUUAUCAACAUUGUGCUGAAGUCUGACCAUGCCCCACUCGGUGAACUGGAUGACUACUUUUACCGUGUUGAAUUUCAACACCGAGGGUCUCCUCAUAUACACAUGCUGAUGUGGAUCAAAAACUCGCCAAAGUACAAGUCAUCUUCAGAAAGUGAAAUUGUCCAGUUUGUUGAAAAAUACAUCAGUUGCAGUGGAAAUGUAUCGGAUCAUCUCAAACCCCUUGUUGAUAUACAAACUCACAAACACUCCAAAACAUGCAGGAAAAAAGGAAAGGCUGAAUGUAGGUUCGGUUUCCCAUUACCUCCUUUGCCAAAAACAUUGAUCUUGGAACCACUCGAUGAAGACCAUGAACACUUAAAAAAAAAGUAUGCUGAAGUACAGACAAAGUUGAAUGAGCUGAAAGAUGUGGCCAACAUGUCAUUUGAAGAGUUUCUGAAUGAAAUCAGUAUGACACAAGAACAGUACAUUCUUUGCAUAAGAUCUUCAUUGAAAGCACCCAAAGUCUUCUUGAAAAGGAAGGUGUGUGAAGCCAGAAUCAAUCCAUAUAUGCUGCCACUUCUUGAAACUUGGGAUGCUAACCAUGACCUGCAAUAUGUUUUGGAUCCAUAUGCAUGCGCUGUCUACAUAGUGGCAUACAUCAGCAAAUCACAAAGAGGUAUGAGUAUUCUGCUUGAUGAAGCAUGCAAGGAAGCAAGAAAAGGCAAUAUGGAUAUCAAGCGUCAAGUCCGUCACAUGGGCAACAAGUUCUUGAACAGUGUUGAAGUUAGUGCGCAAGAGGCAGCAUACCUUGUAUUGCAACUUCCACUGACUAAAGCUUCCAGAGAUGUUGUUUUUAUCAACACAUCUGAAUCAAGUGAAAGAACAUUUCUUCUCAAACAAAAAGAUUCACUGGAACAGUUACCACCUGACUCUACAGACAUAGAAGCUGACAAUGUUGUGAAACGUUAUUCAAAGCGUCCAAAACAACUGCAAAAUAUGUGCUUAGCAGACUAUGUCUCCAAACUAGAUAUCAAAUAUCCCAAAAAGAAACAUAUUGAUGAUGAAGUCAAUGAUGAUGAGGAUGUGCCACUUACUGAUAGUGAUGAUGAGAUCAAUAAUGCAACAGAAAACUGUGUUCGAAUGGAACUGCGCAAUGGCAUUAUUAUCAAGCAAAGGAAAAACAGAAAAGUCAUUCGAUAUGUCAGAUAUAAUGUCAAAACAGACAGUGAAAAUCACUAUCGAGAAAAACUUCUACUGUUCUUUCCCUGGCGGAAUGAAAAACUUGAUUUACUUGGAGGACAUGACACAUAUGAAGAUCAUUACAAUCAUGUGAAAAAAACAGUUGACUUGAAAUGUUCCGAAUAUGAACACCAUGUACAGGAACUUGACGAUGCGUUGCAACGUGCUGAAGAUGAUCUGUCCGAACAAUUUGAUAAACUGGCACCUCAGACACAACAUAGCAAUGAGGAAGAUAAAGAAUCUGAAACAACAAACAGCAACAAGUUCAUUUAUUAUAAACCUCAAGCUGCUGUUCACGAACAAUAUGACAUAGGCAUAGAUCUGGGAGUACCACUUGCUGUUGGCUUGCCAGAGCAAACAUCAACCUUCCUCUCCAACAAUGAGUUCUUGGACCUUGUAAGGAAAUUGAACAGAGAGCAAAGGGAGUUUUUCAAUCAUGUACUGCAUUGGGUCAAGACAAAAGAUGAACCAUUAUAUGCAUUUCUGACGGGUGUAGCAGGAGUAGGAAAAUCUGUUGUCAUUAAAGCUCUUGAACAAGCAUUAAGACGCUAUCUUUGUUCAGAAGAAGGCGAAAAUCCAGAAAAUUGCAGAGUUCUUCUUUGCGCACCGACUGGCAAGGCCGCUCACAACAUCAAUGGUACCACGAUUCAUGCUGCAUUCAAAAUCCUUCCCAAUCGCAGCUUUGAUAGCUAUACAGUAGAUUCUGACACGCUAAACACACUUCGUGUAAAAUACAGAAAUCUCUCUCCACACUAA